AUGAGUGGUUCAAAUGACACCCUCCUAUCCAAUAAAACUCUCGAUACAAAUGACUGGACAUGGUCAUUGCAAACAAUAAUUGUCUCGUUAACAUGCGGUCUAAUUACUCUUGCAACGAUUUUGGGCAAUGGUCUAGUAUUACUUUCCAUUAAAUUUCGUCUACAUACACGAUCGUAUUCCGAUUACUUCAUUGUCAGCUUAUGUUUGGCAGAUUUUUUCGUCGGAUUAUUCGUCAUGCCACCGAUGGCACUACAUACAUUUCGAUUAAAAUGGCCAUUUCACUAUCGUCUUUGUUAUAUGUGGAUGUCAAUUGAUUUUACUUGUUCAACAGCAUCCUUUCUUACACUGGCCUCCAUGGCGCUUGAUCGCUAUUAUGCACUUACAGCGCCGUAUUUUCAUCUACGAAAUCGAUCAUAUUCAUCUGUGUUAAUAUUCAUUGUUAGCUCAUGGGCAAUACCGUUUGCUAUAUGGCCGAUGUCCAUCUUUCUUGGUCAGCAUUUUAGUUCGCGUACACCAAUUUGUGCUCAUCCGGCGAAUCCUUACAUAAUUGUCGUUCUCUGUUCAUUCUUCUAUUAUAUUCCUCUCUUAUUCAUGUUAUGUUGCUAUUCCCGAAUCAUAGUGAAUAUCAAAAACAUUGAAGUUAUGAUCAAAGGUACUUGGGGAACGAUAAAAUACAACCCAAAUGAUUAUGGCAACGGUUAUACUCAGAACAGUGAUAAACACAAUCUUACUUCGACAUCAUCGCAAUCAACUUCGUCAUUACGUUCACUUCUACUAAGAUAUUUUCAACGGAAUACUACCAAACACCCUUUACAGAAUCCAACUCAUUCGGGAAAUGGAAGUCCAUACAAUGUUCCUGUAAAUCUAUUGAACAAUCGGUGCAAUCGACUGGGAACUGUCUCCAAUUACGGAUUUGCAUCGAAUACAUUAUCGCCUGUUCCUCUCUAUCGCUCCAAUCGACAGGCAACAACAGCAACAUUUACCGGUCAAAAGCGUUGUUUGAAUGAUGUUAUUGAAGAGAAACGAUCUAAACCUGAUUCGACACUCAAUCAAGAAGAAGAUUUGGUUCGAACACGUCUCAGUACACGAACAUCGUCUCUACCUGCCGCACGAUGUAUUUCCUACUAUCAUUUUCCAAGUUCAAACAUCUCCCAAACAAAAAUUCUCGAAGAUUCGCCUCAUACGCGCUUCAAUUCCAUCUCCAAUGAACGAAGUCGUUCACAUUCCCAUUCGUCGAAUCAAAGCGUGGGCAUCAAUGGUGGCAUAUUGACAACGGAUAUAUCCGAGCAUAGUUCAUCAUUUGAGAAUACUCUCGACGAUGAUCAUCGACGGUUAAGUCGACGUCAUUUACCCUCGCAUACUACAUCAACGUCAUUCAAUUCAAGUCGAUAUAGUCAACGUGCAGUGGCACAGUUCAUGCAUGAGAGAAAUAAGGCAAGAUUGAGACGAAAUCAAAAAGCAAGUCGGAUGCUAGACAAGAUUCGAUGGCACCAGAUUGACUUGCAGCAAGCGAAAAUCAUGAGUGAAUAUAAUGCUGAUAUCCGAGAUGAUGAAUGUUGUGGAGAUUCGAUUAAUAACGAUGAAAAUGAUGACAUAUUCGAUGAUUUAGACAAUAUUAACGAUUCCGAGGAGGAUCGUCGUUUGAUUACAGUUGGCAUUUGUGCACAAUGGAAGAAGAUCAAAGCGAAACCAAUGGAAGAAAUUCUUCAUCGUUUGGAACAGUUUGAAUUUCUUCGUAUAAUCGUCUUCACUGAAACAAUGAUACACGAAAAGUCUAUUGAAGAGUGGCCAUUCUGUCACGUGUUAAUUAGUUUUCACAGUAAAGGUUUUCCACUUGCUAAAACGCAAGAAUACGCUCGUCUCCAUCGGCCGUUUCUCAUCAAUGAUCUGGAUAAACAAUGGUGUAUCAUGGAUCGUAUUAAAGUUCAUGAAAUUCUAGACGAUACCGGCAUUCCUCAACCUCGGUAUGGUGUAGUUCGACGAGAAAAGAAUGAGGCUGGUGCAUGGAUAACCUUAUCAAAUGUAAUCGAACAGGAUGACCAAAUCGAAAUUGACGGGCAAAUAUUUCAUAAGCCGUUUGUAGAAAAACCCGUCUCCGCAGAAAAUCAUGACGUUUACAUAUAUUUUCCAUCGUCAGCUGGUGGCGGAUCUCAAAGAUUAUUUCGCAAGAUUGGUAGUCGAAGCAGCGUCUACACAUCGGAAAAUAGUAUACGUAAUGAUGGAUCGUAUAUUUACGAAGAAUUUAUGCCUACCGAUGGCACUGAUGUAAAAGUUUAUACGGUUGGUGCUGAAUAUGCUCAUGCUGAAGCACGAAAGUCUCCUGGUCUCGACGGUAAAGUUGAACGAGAUGAAUUCGGAAAAGAAGUACGUUAUCCAGUUAUACUACGAGCUGAUGAAAAAUUGAUUGCAAUGAAAAUAUGUUUGGCAUUUAAACAAACGGUUUGUGGCUUCGAUUUGCUCCGUGUAGAAGGCAAAUCUUUCGUUUGUGAUGUGAAUGGAUUUAGUUUUGUAAAAAAUAGUACGAAAUACUACGAUGAUUGUGCUUCCAUUCUCGGCCAUAUGAUAAUGCGAGAAUUAGCGCCUACGCUAUCAAUACCGUAUCCAUUAGCGUAUCAGCCAGAAGAUCCACCUUAUGUGCCGACAGCAUUUGGAACACGAAUGGAACUUCGAUGUGUGAUUGGCGUGAUUCGACAUGGAGAUCGAACGCCGAAACAGAAGAUGAAGAUGGUUGUACUCCAUCCUUUAUUUUUCCAAUUAUUCGAAAAAUAUAAUGGUCCAAAAAAUGGCCAUUUGAAAUUGAAACAUCCCGGUCAACUUCAGGAAGUACUUAAUAUCGCUCGAACAUUGCUCAAAGAAUUGGAUGAUGACGGACUAACAAAACUCCCAAAUUCAUCGGAAACAAGAGGAAAAUUAGUACAACUUAAACAAGUAUUAGAACUAUAUGGCCACUUUUCCGGUAUCAAUCGUAAAAUACAAUUAAAAUAUCUUCCGAAGGGCCCGCCAAAAAAAUCCAGUAGUGAAGAUGAAUUGGAUGACAUUCCCAGUCAACCAUCGUUACUCCUAGUAGUCAAAUGGGGUGGUCAACUGACUCAAACAGGCAAAAAUCAAGCUGAAGCUCUUGGGAAGUCAUUUCGUAAAAUGUAUCCAGGCGGUCAAGGUGCCGUUGGUGAUCGACCUGAUGUUGGUCUUCUUCGUUUACAUUCAACAUUCCGACAUGAUUUAAAGAUUUACGCAUCGGAUGAAGGUCGCGUACAGAUGACUGCUGCAGCAUUCGCCAAAGGUCUCUUAGCACUCGACGGCGAAUUAGCUCCGAUUCUUGUACAAAUGGUGAAAAGCGCCAAUACAAACGGUUUACUUGACAAUGAUGUCGAUUCAACGAAAGAACAACAGAAAGUCAAACAAACAUUACAUGAUCUUCUUGCCAAAGAUCGAGACUUCAAUCAGGAAGAUUAUGAUAAAAUCGCACCAACUCGAUCGCGUUCGUUCACCACAUCGAUGGACUUUAUCAAGAACCCAGUUGUUAUCUGUCGAAAGAUUCUUGAAUAUAUUCAUGAAAUGACAGUACUCAUUCGAACGCACGUAUUCAAAGGCGAAUCGACUACGCUUUUCCAUUCGGAAACAUGGGAUUUAUGUUUAAGACGAUGGUUAAAGCUUGAAAAAGACUUCUAUAAUAUUCAAAAGGACAAAUUCAAUAUUUCGAAAGUUCCCGAUAUCUACGAUUCUAUCAAAUACGAUCUCCUGCAUAACAAGAAUAAACUUCAAUUUCCACAUGCCGAAGAUUUAUAUGUCUGUUCGAAAGCAUUAGCUGACAUCGUUGUACCACAAGAAUACGGCAUGACGAUUGAAGAAAAGCUGAGUAUAGCUCGCGGUAUUGUCACACCAUUAUUACGGAAAAUACGAGCUGACCUACAAUGUAAUUUGACCGGCGUAUUGACUCAUGACGAACAUGUCAAUAAAUUAGAUCCAAGUUAUUCGAAAGGCAUUCAAACUCCAGGCCGACAUGUUCGUACCCGGUUGUAUUUCACUAGCGAAUCGCAUGUGCAUUCUCUUCUGACGAUUAUUCGUUACGGUGGUUUGUUGGAUACACAUGCCGAUGAACAAUGGAAGCGAUCAAUGAAUUAUCUUGAAACAGUCUCCGAGUUGAACUAUUUGACACAAAUUGUUAUCAUGUUAUACGAAGACUCAAGUGAAGAAAUGGAUUCGGAGAAACGCUUUCAUGUUGAAUUGCACUUUUCACCGGGUGCCUAUGGUUGCUUCGACGUUCCACCUGAUAUUGACUCAGUUACGUCUGAUGUGAAUACAAUUCGUACAGUAUUGCCAAAGAGUAAUCGCGAAGCAGCCCACAGUCCGCCACGAGAUCAAACCAAAGCCUUAUUGAUAGAAUCAACGAAUGCAACGUCAUCGCCAAAAGUGAUCAAUCCUGUUCCGACAAUAAUCACUGUUGACUGUGCCUCUCCGCCAAUGACGACGGAAAAAACGAAUCCAAAGAUGAUUAAAGAAUCGCAUGCAACGAAAAACUAUCAUCGAAAUAGCGAUGGAAUCAUACCGAGCUGUUCGUCAGAACCAAAUGACUAUGAAGAAAUACAUUCAACGUCUGUACCACGUUCGUCUCACUACGAUAAUUACCUAUUGAAACCCAAAUCCCUAGACAAUAGUGAAUCAAAACUACAACAAUCAAUCCUAACACACAAUUAUUACAAUACUAUUCACGGUGGUUUAUCCGAUAAACGAAUACUAAACUACGUUCCACUGACAAGUAUCUUCAGCACUCGAGUGAUUAGUGGUGCAAAAUCAACACCCGAUCUAAAUAAAUUACUCGAACGAAAACAAGCUGGAUUAAUCUGCCCGGAAACGGUUGUUCUCGCGCCAUUAGAAACAUUGAAUACCAAUCUGAAUUAUAAGAUUCUCGAUGAUUUUAUUGGCAAAAUGACUGGUUCAACUGUGAAAUUUCUCUCGACUGAACCAGAUGCCAUGCUUACGCCACCGCCAUUGCCUUCCGAUGUAGCGAUAAAUCGUUUUAGUGUUGAAUCUGUUGAUACUAACAACGGUCAGUAUGGAAACGACAGGAAAGGACGUGUUGGUUUUGUUAAAAUUCCUCAAUACUCGAUCAACACAAUCAGUGAAUUACCAGAAAAGAAUGAUUAA